AUGGCAUCCAGCCAACUCAGUACCGGCCAGUCUCCAGUUGCCACAGUUAAUUUAGGCGGGAUCAGAUAUGCUGCUGUGCCUCAUGUCAAUGUUGAGACAAACGACGACGUGUUCUCGUCACAGUUUCUCUCAGAUAUUAUCAUAAUACAGGGGGACUCACUAGCUCCUGGUCGGCUGGCAGAACAAUGGUCAACCCCAGUUGGAACCCCUAUUUCUGGUUCUUGGGUGCCGAAGACAAUCUUGCAGGUGAUGAAUACUUCGCGUGAAACUCCCGAUGGUCCCUACCUACUAAGCAAAGGGUUCCAACUGUCUCAAGCUUGGCGUUUAUACCCAGACAAGCAACGCAGCUUCAUCACGUCAUUCAUUCCAUUUGGAACCUCUGGCCCAGAACGCAACUCAUUCAAGCCACUCGAUAUCCGCUUGCAGGGAGUAUGGACGGCUAUUGCAGUUCCAAGCCGUCUCUACAGCAAGAAAUCACCCUCAAUGCCACUAGCUGGAAUGAGAUUUAGUGUCAAAGAUAAUUAUAAGAUAUCUGGCGUACCCACAACACAGUCCAACCGGGCUUGGUGUGAGUUAUACGAGGCGAAGCCCGAGACCGAAACUGCAGCUUAUGUAGAGAAACUCAUCAGUCUUGGCGCUGUAUUCGUAGGGAAGACGAAGAUGUGCUCGUUUGCGUCGUCUGAAGAAGCUACAGAUCAGUGGAUCGAUUUUCAUGCUCCGUUUAACCCACGGGGAGACGGGUACCAGAGCCCCUCGGGAAGCACGACGGGUGGUGGUACGAGUCUUGCUGCAUACGAUUGGCUUGACUACUCAAUUGGCACAGACACUACUGGGAGUAUAAGAUGGCCUGCCGCAUGGUGCGGCCUGUUUGGCCUCAGAACCACCUGGACACCCGAAGCUAUGGAAGGGGUUUACCCUGCCUGCAGAAGCAUUGCCGGCAUGCAGAUAAUCGUUGACAGAAGCAUAUCGAAUCCUGGAGCUUUGAUUACUGAUGAUCAUGUAAGGUACUUCUCUGUUUACCUCUUCCCAAUGGCGAAUGCUGAGCAACAGAAACUUGUUGAAGGCUUUGUGAGUGACCUUGAAUCGUAUUUAGGCGUGCAUGUAACGCGUAUGAGCAUCGCGGAGCGGUGGAAGGACUGCCCGCCGGGUGAGGCUGCUGGUAAGACAAUACAGGAAUUUAUUGACAAGGCUGCCUACAAUCCCUUCUACUAUGACGGUUAUCACGAGUACUCGGAAUUUCGCGAGGAAUAUGAAACCAAAUUUGGGAAGCCAGUAUAUGUUGGCCCCUACAUGCGGUGGAAAUGGGACCGUGACGCCGAGGUUGAUGUGUGUAUGAAAGAAAAGUCCUUACAGGAUGUCGAGGUCUAUCGACGAUACCCCUCUGCUCCCGUUGGCCCUUUUACGUGGAAUUACAUCGCCUCUAUCCAAGGCUUACCGCAACUUGUUGCUCCGAUCGGGAGCAUCCCCUACGAGUCAAGAGUGACUAAAGCUACCGAGCAACUUCCAGUUGUUGGAACCAUCAUCGGCGCAGCGGGUAGUGAUGCAAUGCUAGUCGAUAUCGUUCAAAAGGCCUUUGAGAAGAACAAUCGUCCCAGAAGUGUUCUGACUGGGAGAUUCAUGUUCUCAGAACCAAGUAAGCUUUGA